AUGACUUUAUGUCCAACCUGGAAAGGCUAACGCAGUCUCACGUCUCUCUCUGCUUGCGAUUCACGUGUUUGUCUUUUUUUGUUUUUAAUUUUAAUGAGCGACAUAUGUGUUUAUACAAUUUAAGUCCAUAUAACAUGUUGCGUAAGAACUAAAAUCGUCUGUACCACGUGCAAGGUAAUUUGGGAGGCCUUACCGCAUUGAGCAAGGUACUUUUAAGGAAGGAACACAGUCUUUGAAUCAAUAUGAAGAAUAUACUAUCAAGUAUAAUAUGUCUAAAAGGAGAGAAACAGAAAGAAACAUCUACGGACUCUGAAGAUUAUCUGUCUAAGAGCAUCGGAGCAUUCGGAUUAUGGCACGCUGGAAUUUGUGUCGCCGCGGCAGUAACACGAUUCCUUGUUAUGUGGAACAUGACUGCUAUCCUCUUUCUGACACCAGAUACAGAAUUCGAAUGCAAAGAAGUCAAAGUCAUACGAAACAUAACCUCUAAUACGUGCUAUGAUGAUUGUUUGAAAUAUGAAUAUUAUAAUCAAGGAUUGCCGACUACUUUGAUUUCUGAUUAUAAUUUAAUCUGUGAUAGACAAUGGCUGGCUAGUCUAGCUCAGGCUGUUUUAAUGCUCGGGUUACUUGUCGGAACAUUUGUCUUCGGAUGGAUUUCAGACAGAUUCGGUCGUCGUACUAGUAUAGUCUCUUCUGUACUAAUAAAUGUGAUAUUUAUGUUAGCGACACCUUUUUCUCCAAACUUUUGGGCGUUCUGUAUAUUUAGAUUCAUCACUGGUAUUGCAUCUGGCGGUACUCUUAUUACAUCUGUUGUUAUAGUAAUGGAGAUUGUCAGCAAAAAUCACCGCGAAGCCGCGAGCUCUGCUCUCGUACAGCCAGAUGCGUUAUCCCAAGCUUCGUUAGCAAUAUUCGCGUAUUACUCUCCAAACUGGAAUGUAUACGUUUUAGUAUAUAGUAUAGCGUCAAUACUCAUUCUGUUAAUAGUUCUAUUCAUACCAGAAUCUCCUAGAUGGUUGAUUUCACGAGGAAGAAUCGACGAAGCUGUACAAAUUUUAACAAAAGCUGCUCAACGGAACAAACUGAGCACAGAUAAUAUAGAAGAUAUAGUCAAGAAUAGUGUUGAAAAGUUAAAUAUAAAUAAGAAAGAAGUAUUUAAUGCAACUUAUUUAGAUUUAUUCAAAACAAAAGAGUUGGCGAUCAAUACAACGUGCAUUUUCGUAGCGUGGACAAUAAGCGGUACUUGUUAUUUCGGCAUCAACCAGUACAUGUCUUUUGUGGGUCCCAAUUUGUAUGUUGCUGUUAUUGUAUUGGGUUUAAUACAGAUGCCUGUAAGCCUUGUUUCUUUUUUAAUAAACAAAUAUUUAGGUCGCAGGAUAGCUUCAAUUGGAAUUCUCGGAAUUGGAGGCAUUGUUAUGAUUUUACUCAUUUUCGCUGAGGAUUAUUUUUGGCCUGCAACAAUUCUAGGAUUUGUAGGAUUUAGUGCCGUUACUUCAAUCUUUACGGUCACUUAUAUUUAUGCAUCGGAGUUAUUUCCAACUCCGCUACGUAAUAUGGCAUUUGGUAUAACUUCAACUGGUGCUAAAUUCGGGGCGAUGGUUGCUCCUUUUAUUGCUAAUUUGAAACCACAGUGGUUACCUUCUGUAGUGUUUGCUGGUUUGCUGUUUGUAGGCGCUUUAUCUUGUUUGCCUUUACCAGAAACUAAAGGACCUAAUUUGAAAGACACGGUUUCUUAAUUAGCUUGAGAAUUAAACCACAAGACCCACAGCAAGUUAGUAAAUACUAUCAAUGUAAAUCUUAUAACUCAUGUAACAUAA